AUGGAAAAAUCAACAAGUUAUGAUCAAGAAAUUCAACAAAAAAUGGAAACUGCUUCAUUAGUCACAAAUGGAAAUCAAAAUCAUGCUGAAAUUCAUCAAUUGGAUCAAGAAGCUGCAAACACUUCGAGUAGUGGAAAUGGAAAUCAACAUAGAGAGUUGGUAAUUAGCAUAAAAGAAAUGGCUGAAAGCUGCUUGGAGCUUCCCUUAUCAUCAAACGAGUGUUGUAUCUACAGGAUUCCAACUUUUCUUCACAAAUUGAAUGAGGAAGCCUACACUCCUCAGGUUAUAUCGAUAGGGCCUUUCCACCAUGGCAGCAAAAGAUUAGAACCCAUGGAAAAGUUGAAACUAAAAUAUUUUCAGAGAUUCAUGCAGCGGAUUGACUUCAACGUGGAGAUCUUAGUAAACGCCAUAAAGCUGAAUGAAGAAAGUGUGCGUAGUUGCUAUGCAGAAACCAUCAAGUUUAGCAGUGACAAUUUCGUGAAAUUAAUGUUGGUGGAUGGGAUCUUUAUUAUUGAAUUUUUCCACGGAAUAUGGUUCAAAGGAUCAGAUAGGGUUAUACGUGAGAACCAUAUACUGUUAAACCCAAUAUCGUGGCAGGCAAUUAUGUCGGACUUGAGGUUACUUGAAAAUCAACUUCCUUUCUUUGCUCUUGAGAUAUUAUUCAGCCUUGCAGAUGUGCCAGUGCAUCCUUCCUUCACUUCGCUUGCAUUUAAGGUCUUUGUGGACAUUCAAGAUCAGCAAUUUCCUAGAAAUCUUGGAGAGCAACCAAUUAGACACUUUGUUGAUUUGACCAAAGCAUUUUUACUUCCAUCAUCUAGAAACCUAUUGCCACCGCAUGAAAGUAAUGAUCUUACUAGAUCAGCUGAUCAUUUAUAUACUGUAAGCCAAUUGUACGAGGUUGGAGUGAAGUUUAAGGUGAGAUUAUGCAAAUGCUUGCUUGACCUAACAAGACACUAUGCUGAUUUGGCCAGAGCAUUUUUCCUUCCAUCAUCUAGUAAGCCAGUGUUAUCAGAUGAAAGAAAUGAUCUUCCUAGUGCUGAUCAGUUAUAUACUGCAAGCCAGUUGUACGAGGCUGGAGUGAAGUUUAAGGUGAGCUCAAGCAAAUGCUUACUUGACCUGAAAUUCACCAACGGAACGUUGGAAAUUCCAUGCAUUAAUCCUGAUAAUGAGACGGAGACUAUUUAUCGAAACGUCAUAGCAUUUGAGCAAUGCCAUUAUCCACGUGAUUCACAUCUUACAGACUACAUUGUGCUAUUGAAUUUGCUAAUCAACACUCCCAAAGACGUAGAAUUACUUAUUAGAAAAGGAAUCAUCAUAAAUGGCCUUAGCAACAAUGAUGCAGUGGCAUCUCUUCUCAAUAAUCUGGGCACGUAUAUUGUAUAUGAUGCUUCGAAUUCUGCUUAUCGUGAUUUGUUUCGAGAUUUGAAUGCGUUCUUUAAGAACACUAAGCAUGUUUGGAAGGCUACCUUGAAACGUGAUUAUUUCGGCACUCCUUGGAAAAUAGCUUCUACUAUAGCUGCUGUUACAUUGUUGCUACUCACUUUCAUACAAGCCAUAUGCUCUAUCAUCCAAGUCGUGAAGAUGUGA